AUGAGCCAAAACUCCGCAUCAAGCGACGCCGUCAACUCGACGAUGGCCCCUUCGCCUUCCACCGCUGCCGUCCCGGUGGUUGGCGUCGGGGAGCGGCCGAUGGGUAAGUCAAGUUGGAAUUUUUGGGGUUUUUUGGGAUUUUUUGGGGUUUAUUUGAGGAUUUUGAGAGUUGGAUUUGUCAUCAAAAUGCCAGAAAUUCUGGAUCUUUUGAUGACAAAUCCGGCUUUGAAUACGGUAAUAGACUUUAACUUGGGUUGAGAUGACUAACUUAAGCUUAGGGGAAAAAUAUAACAAAAAUAUCAAUACUUCACUCGUCUAGAACAAUAUAAUUUUGAGUUAAAAAACAAAAAAAAAGAGCUCAAAAAAUUGAUUUGGAGCUCAUUUUGAAAGACCUUAUAAUUAGUUGCAACUCGAAAUUACCUUAGAUUGAAUUUGUGACCCGUAAAAUAAUGAAUUUAAUUUUUGGCUGGUGGGUUUCUACCGUAAAUCCCGCCAAAAAAAUGGCAAUAAAAAGGCCUAAAGGCCUUAAAAAUAUACUAUUGAAUCGUGAAGUGUAAUAUCCAAGCCAAAUAUUACAUAAAAAUUCGCAAUUUUGGCUGGUGGUAUCCCGCCGGAAUCUAUUUUAGUACGGUAAAAUACGGGCAAACUUAAGUCAAUAUUCUUUGAGUUUUGCAAUUUUUAGAACCCCGAGAGAUCGACCGCCGUAUUUUAGCCGAACUACUGAAAAAUUUCGAACCACAAAGGUCGCUCCUCGGUAAAUUCAAAAAAUUCGAAUUGCGGAUUUCAUUUUUGUGAAAAAAUUUUGGAAAAAAUGCUUUCUUUUUUUGACACACCUUUAGGCAAUAAAACCAAAGCCAAGUUAGCCUAAAUUCUGAGUUUAAAGCUAAAAGCUAAAUUCGCUUUUGAUAUAAAUUUCGAAACGUUUUGACGAAAAUUCCAAAAGUUACGACAACUCUUUACCGAAAUUUUGCUUUCUAACGACCAAUCCCAGCCCGCAGUCUCCCGGAUUGAUAUACCCAUCAUGAUCGGGCAGACGUCUUUCCAAAACUGAUGAAGUCGAUUGGUGGCCUUCCAUGAAUCCACUGGUCGGUUCCCAAAAAAAAGACUAAACUUUUCAUUUUCAUGGCCAACAGUGCCUUACCGUUUUGUUCUACUCAAAUUGCCAAUAAACUUCAUCAACUUCAUCUGCAAUCUGAUUCGUCGACCAGGUAAAAAUUUUUAUUUUCCUUUCUUCGCCUUUCAGUUUCAUCCAGGCAUUCCAAGACGGUUCAAAACUCGAUGGGUCGCUCCUUGUCAUGAGUCCAUUUCCAAGUCCGUUGGCGCCCUAAAACAUCGAACAUUACAAUUGGAUAUCCCCAUAAAAAUUCUAAUUGUAUUAUGCUAAAUAUAACCAUAAAUACUUACAUCAUUUUAUACUGCCCACGUAAAUUGACCUUCUUGUUACUUUUAACGGGGUUUUCACUGUGAGACACCACCUGAUGACACGAUGAACCGCCUGUACCUUCCACAUUGGACCAAUUCAAUCACUGGGCUGAUUGCUGAAGACCAACGUCAAAUGGACCAUGUCUACGGUCAUCACUAAGGAUUAGGGUUAUUGUAGAGUAAUUUCAAGGGGUGGGGAGCUCGUCUCGUCCGUGGAGUGACGUUAUUGAUGGUGUUCUUGGUACCUGUCCUCGUUUUUCUUGUCAGAAUCUUGUUGAAAGACCUCUUGCUGUGCUCUGAGUGUUGUUCUCCUGGUGGACGUGAUUUCUCGUCGUUCCGGCUCGUCGAAUUUACGGUUUCGUGUCGCGUGGACUGUUUCAGAGACUCUAAACUCUCAAUCUUAACAUCAAAAAACCCAUCAAACAGGCUUACCGACUUGACCAACAUCAGAACUCAGCGUCAUUCGACUGGAUUCUUUGGAGUUACCACCUUCAAACGACUUCAAACCGUUCGUAAAGAAAAGGGGAAGGAUCAUCGACCACCCAAACAUUCCAUUCCAUCAACAUCUUCACCAUCAAAUUUGUUUUUACAUCAGGACUCCAUUUCCAACCGAAAUCUUCGCAAUGUUUGCCUCGAUUUUUGGAGUAACGAGCCUCAGCAAUGAUUUCCUUGGCCUGAAGAUUAUUCAUGACAUCAAUAUCGUCUUGGAAAUUAUCGAACAAUUAAUGGAUAUCUGGAAUGGAACAUUAAAAAGACGGAUACAAGGAAAAACCCGAAAUUACAAAAACUUUUAGACGUUUUCGCCCAUUUGACCCCUGGACUUACCUUAUUUUAGCUCAAUCCGAACGUCCGCACACCAAGCUGAUCAUUUUCUCUUCAUGAAUCCAAUCCAUUACCCGUUUUCCAUGAUCUUCACGUCGACAUCGCCACAAAUCAUCCAAAGGUUGUCCAUCCGCACCUAAUCUUCUUCCGUCGAGGAGCAAUCAUCAUUUAGCUCCGGAUCAGCGCCAUCAAUUUGCUCUUGUCUCAUUUUCUGGGGUCCUUUUGAAGGUUCUCCUUGUUCCACGUUGUCGUUUGAUCCGAUCUUCGGUUCAUUCAGUGUUCUACAGCUUUCGAGCUGCUCUGCUGUCGAUUUCCUGAUCACCACUAUAAAUACGCCUUCCGGUCGCCAUCAACAAAAAAUCAGCUCGGGUUUCGUGUGGUUAAUAUGGUUUUCGUCGCUGCACUUCAAGCUGGAUGGAAUUUCGACAUCACUCGACUGUUUUUUGGGCAAAUGGACAAUUCUUCACAGGACUUUGAGUGAAAUAUGGAAUUUUCGGUCACCGUGGCCUUCAGAAUCAAAAUUAUGGAUCUCCAGCAUCAGGAUCUGCACCUAAAAGCAAAAAAUUACAUAGGGAAAAUAGAAAGAAUAGGCUAUGUUAGGGCCCUUAGCGAUGGAGUUACCAGUUUUAACCAUAUUUUUUAAAAAUUUUCGUCUAAUUUUGGUGAUUUCAGUGUCUCCAAACAACAUCGGCCAGGCCUCCGGCCACCGCUCGAGCCCAGCAUCCGAGCGCCAAGCCCAUUCCGCGCAGGCUGAACAACUGCCGGCGGUAAUGGCCCCUCCUCUGGUUGGCCAGCAUCCAACCGGCGUCCCAGAGGAGGGUAAAGAGGGGUCAAGCAGUACCACUGGCCCCUCGGGCUUCGGCCCAGAACCUGCCCCAACCGACCAGGCCGACCACCUGCCGGCGGUUGAGGGCUCGAUUGGAUCGGUGGACUUAUUGGACUUCUCGUCCACAUCGAGAUUUGAUGGCAGCUCCAGUACGAGUGAGGAGCACUCAACGCUCCAUAGCGUCCCAUCAAUAAUGUCCCUUGAAGCCUUCGAUGAGAAUGCAGCCUCUGAAGAACCAUUAGAAGAUCAAAAUGCCCGCAUUCGAUGGCAAAGGGACUUCUGGAAGGAUCAGUGCCGCAUAAUUUGGGAAAAACAAGCGACAUUGGAAAAAAAAGUCGAAUUCUACCAAGAAGCCCUGAAAGAGGCGGAAGUUGAGGCCAAGAAGGCCAGAGAAGCCGCCUCCGCCGCCACCAAAAAGGCCGAAGAAGAAAGGGCACUGAAGGAAGCGGCAGAAAAAGAAGUCGCUGAACUGCAAGCCCGCCAUCGGCAACACCUUCGGACAGCAGUCGCCGACGGCCGGCCACCAAGGGCCGACAGAUCCAGAAGCCCGCUGAUGACGACAGCGUGGUCAAUAACGCCAACAACUGCGGACAUCCUAAGGCUUGACGUCACCCAGCCUCCAGUGACCCAACACUCGCCGCCACCUACAGAAGCACAAAAUCACGAGGCUCCUGGGCCUUUGCGAAGAAUGGCGAAGUGCAAAAGGCGAUGUUGUUAUCAGCCCUCAGCUGACCCUCAACGUCCUCGGCCCCACCGAAGGUCGAGGGAACUUCAAGGACUUGGCCCAGUGCUUCAAGAAGAGGACAAUGGCCCAGAAGAACACCAACGUCCACGAAGAGAACGAAAGCCUCCUUCACGUCUCAUCGUGGACAUGUCGAGCCGAUCGUAUCGGACUUCACAGGAGUCCAGGUUGCCUCGUAAGUCAAUUUUUUCGAUAUCUUUACCAUUUUUACCCAAAACGCCCUUCAAAAAUUUUCAAUUUCGCAUUUUUUCAAACGCUAUAUUUACUAUCGCAAUCUUAAUCAAUAACAACAAGAUUUUUUCAGGUCGAAGGGCAGUAAAUCCCUAUUAAGUGGUCAAAAACCCAACUCGGCGCAGUCAUUCAUGCCUAAUAACGAUGCCUAAUAACGUAAGUUUUUCGCAGCGUCCCCCCAAUAAUUCUAAUCUUUUAGCAAUUUGCCCAAUUAAAACUUACGACAAGCAACCACGAGAUCCUGUGUCGUUCAAAUGCACUCAAACCUUAGUUCGACCGGCUGGAACAAGAAAAAUGUAAGUUUUUUGCAAAACUGUUUUUGCGAGCUGCGCCCGAUAUAACAACAAUUGCGUUUUGUUAUACACUGUUGGAUUUUGGGGGCAUAUUGUAGAAGAAAAUCGUAGCAUUCGCGGUAAAUGUAAGUUUUUCGCAGUCACCCACCAAAUAAUGAUUUUGGUUGGGUUUAGUCUAAAAAAUAAUAUAAUUUUACUGAUCCUUUUAUUUUCAGCCAGUGCCAAAGAAGUCCAUGAAGGAACAGGACACUAA